AUGUCAUAUCUUGACGAGCGAAGAUACGCCAUCCAGGAACUGAUCCUGCAAAAUCAAUUUGCGCUAGAUUGUUUGAAGGCUCAGUUUGAGCACUGGGAAGCUGCAAACGCAGCGGACCCUCUGCUCGCAGGGGAUCUGACUAGCCUUGAACAACUGUUAUCGCGCCACGAAACCGAUUUAGAGGAGGGUCUGAAGAAUAUGCAAGAGAGAUUCAAGCGUUCGCUGGCAAGACGCUGCCAUAGUGAUCGACUGCCCGUAGAACUGCUACGGAAAAUCAUUAUCGAAGCCUGCGACGACGGGUUCAAGUACAGUGACAAUGGAGAGAUGAUCGGAGGAACGGUGUGUUCACCGUUUCGACUCUCGCACGUCUCUCGCCGUUGGCGUAUCAUCGCUAGGUCGAUUGUAUCUCUCUGGACAAACGUUUUUUUGUCGUCAGCCACCUGUAAAAAGCCCAUGGCACUUCACUUGUUCGAAACUCUUGCGGAGUAUAUCCCGGAGUACAGUCUAGACGUCACUAUCGAGCAAGUUGGUGGGACGCACGAUAUUCUGCCCAUAUUAAACCUAAAAGAUGCAAAAGCCAUCAAGAGUCUCACAUUUAUAAUGGCUCCCCACAGUUCACGAACCCUAUCGUCGCUCCUUGUCCCAGAGGCAACAAAUCUCGCCUACACAGCUGAUCAUUACGACUCUACAACGACACUAGCACCACCAGGCUCGAAUGAGGAUGCACCAAAACGCGGCCUUGUUCGACGCCCAGCACGUCUCCGGACCUGCAAAUUCUCAGAGCAUGCCUACAGGAGACUCGUACACAUCUUCCAAGUGGAAUUGGAAGUCGAACCACGCGCUCAGUGCACGUCUGUGUGGCAACAGAGCCGUGGCCAGAGCGGCAAGCGCGAGAGCGGGAAUAAUACCAAUAGCGAUUCCGUCCACGACGUGCUCACGAUUCAACUCGAUGCACUUGUAGGACUCGUGGACGAAAAUGCGACGAGGCGGCUAUGGAAAUUAUUCACACAUUGCGCUCAAUCCAUUGCCCACGGACGACGGAUGGAGAACCUCAGCUGGCGAACCUGGGGCCGCGAGCAAACACGGAUACGCGCAGAUCAUAUGACCACGUCGCUGCAUCAUCAACCAUCAUAUCAGCACGAGUAUCACUACCAACAAACGGGGUUCACCGGUGUCCAUCUACAGAGGGUCGAGCACGAAGAGGGGAUACCCAAACGUGUCACGAACGACGCCGAUACAACGGCAGAACCACAUUCAAUGCAUCCAUUGGUGGGAACAACCUCCCGACGCCCGUUGAUCGACCGGAGGGGGACGCGAGAAGAGGGCGGGCGCUCUUUGACAUCUGUGCAGGAGAAUGAGGGCCGGACUAGGCCGUGGUAUGCACGUGCAAACUCAAUAUCAUCCACUACGACUACGGAAACCUCGACGACAGACAUGACUCUGUCCUCGACCGGCUUGGGCGAUCGCACCGUCACCAUUGCCAAGUCACCCCCAUUGGCAUACAUAAUCCAGCGCGUCAUCUUUACCCCUCCAGACGAACAAGAGAGUUGGAAGGACGACAGUGUUCCAGUCGACUUUUCGCCUCGCGACGCACAAACGGUCGACGACCACUUAAAGGAACCUACCGAGGAAACGUCUUCAUCUCAAGCGCUAGUUCAGAGCCCUGUCCAGACACCAACACGACACCGUGGAGGAUCUGGGGCGGGCGACGUAACAGAUUGGGCAAAUACGAUAGUGGAAGAGAGCGAAGAAUCGACCAUCGUACAACCAACUCCAGUGGGAUCCCCUCAUCCCAACUCGAUAUCGCGUAUAACCAGCGUUUCUUUGGCGCUAUCGCCUACAUCCCCGCCGAGCAGCACACCAGCACUUGGAGAGAGCACGUCUACGGCAGACGGUUCCAUAGAAAGUAAUCCGGAGCAGACGCUGUUACCUCGGCUCAACGACGCGGUCAGGUUUGCGUCUAUUUCAAACCACGCAUCGAUACCAGAAGCCUCGUACGAGAGGUUGCAACCAACCACCAUUGUCGAAGACUCGAAAGGCGGUGAAGAGGAUACAACCGCCAGCGUGACCAGACUGGGACAAUUGGGCAGUCAAGCCUUGUUUCCCACAGUAAUCAUCUCUCAAUCGACCCCCAAGCCGACCCCUCCCGAUACUCCUGCGAGGUGCUUGUCUCCUUCUGGCCUGGUGCACUUGCACCCUUUCUCCGCUUUGAACACCGCCUCGAUUGAAAGAGCAUACGGCGACGACCACGAGGAAGUCCAAUCCGCAGAAUCACAAGCGCCUCGUAAUUGCACAUCAUCCCGCGUUAUAGAGGGCAGCUCGUCGGAGCGUGAUAUCGACGCAACCGCCCGACCAACACUCACCCUCAACCCCACACCGAGUGAAAACGCGGAGGGUGAUCACGAGAUUUCUACACUAGUUUCACGCACGCCUACUCCGCUGUUGGCGUCAUCGACUCUUGCCGCGGGAUCCGUGUCUGACGACCCUGGGCCAACCAUACGCACGGCGCCGCGCCUCGCAGACGGACUUUCUAGGAAGCCGGUGAUUAACGAAGGACUUAAUAACCCGCUCGACCAAAGUGCACGUCACACCUUGAACUCUGACCGCAACCCGACAACCACCACCACGACGGCGACCGCUACGCUUCUUCAGACUGGCCCAGAGGGGCAAAGAGGAGGACUGGAGGGCGCGCUUUGGAAGCAGCAUCAAGCGCGAGUCGUAGAGACCAGCAGGGGUCGAAGAGGGAGCGCACCAAUGCCCUGGCCGGAAAUGUCGCAGCCCGUUCAACAGACCGUAGACGUGUCGGGUAAUGACUUGACAGGUCGAACGCGUAGCACCGAUCAUCGAUCGUCUCCUGGAAAAAGUAUCUGGGAUUGCCAACCCGGUGAAAUCGCCUCGAACGGCAGUACUAAAUCCGGAUUGAUGCAGCAGCAUCAGCCCAUCGCACCCGUCCACCCUCCACCACCGACCCAAAAAAUGUUUUUCCUUCAACGAGGGUCUACCUCGUUUUCUCCAGACUCGAAUUCACGCUCGGACUCGCAUUCUCGCUCUCCCGGCUCACUCAAUGGCCGUGCAGUGCGAGAGCGGCGAGUAGACUCGCGGUCACCUGAUGACCGCGAGGCCAAUUCAUCCUCCGCGUCGUCGCACGAAAGACAGCCACAGGUGGCCCGCUUGCAAUCUGGCUCGGGUGCCGUCGGUGCUAGUGCUGGUCCCAAACCCGCGGACAGCAGCAGACUGUCACGAGAGCCCAACGGAUUUGUCGCGGCAGAUUUUAACCACGAUGGGCCAGGACUAUCGAGUUUGGAUCCCGAGAGCUCUAAAGGGUCUAGUCGGCGAGCCACAAACGACCACGCGACUAAUCUCCUACCACGACCAUCCGUCCCAUUGGCAGACGCAGACUCGGCGAUGAUGAGCGUGCAGAUCCAUCGACAACCAGCACCGUCAACGUCGUCGAAAUCACACACGUCACAUCAAUUCGCAUCACCGUCGACGCAAUCGCCUCCAUCGUCUCAGAGUCAGUCUAGCCGGACACGGCUGAGCAUGAAAAGCAGACGGGCGGGCCAUCGCACACAUCUGAAUCGUGCAUUGGAGAGGUCUUCGUCACGCACGCGUGGCACUCUCAAGCACCGCAACGCCAGCGUUGGAUCCAACCUCGGUAGCGCAACUACCCGCCGCGAGGUUGGUACCGCGGCAUUGGGCGGUGGGGUACGAGCCAUCAAACUGAUAGGCUCACUUGAGGCAAAUGCGGGGAGCAUGAGCGCUCAAAGCGGCGUGGGCUCAAUGUCGACCUCGGCGGGGUCAAAACUGGUCAUGGCUGGGAAACCAUCCCGACCGCAUGUGAGCCAAGAUGGACGACUUGUAGUGAAUGAAGUUGUGACUAGAUCGCACCCUGCGUCGGCAACUGCAAGCGCUGCGCCCGAGACGGCUCAGCCCAGAGCCGGCGCUGUGGCUACAGCCGGAUCAGCCACAAGUGGCAUUGUACAGCAACAGCGACAUCAACAAACCUCUCAAUCGCGGUCUCCUAUGCAACCGCAGCAACCGGUGCAAAAAUCACCACUCGAGGUGCAAGAGUUUGAGCGGCAAGUCAUGGAAUCGACGGUCAACCGCCGCCGACGUAUCUCGGUAGUCUCCGAUACGGAAGAGGGCAGCAGCAGCGGCACUGAAGAGUCUGAAUCGGAGGAUGACGAGCCGGCUAAGAAGUCGGCUCCUGAGCAAGCCAUCGAGACUGUCGAAGACGAGGAGAAUGACUCUUGGGCAGAUGAAGACGAAGAGGCCGAGACCGAGAAACGCGAGGUGUCAUCUCGACAGGCUCCUCCCGUUCGACGCGACUCUCGCGAUCUGCCAGUGGGCUCUGCUGGUUCUGGACGAUCCGCUGCAAACCACGCUCUAGCCGCCCAUGGACGUACUCGAGCGCACGGCCACAUUCCACACGUCAGAUCCAAGGGACGGAUUGCGCAACAUGCACAACACCAUCAUCAGCGAACAUCCUCCCCCCCACCAAAUCGGGCACAGGCCCGCAAGGGCGAGUCAGGAGCCAUUUUGCAACCUCAACCACAUCACGCUCGCUCAUCUUCUGCUUCAGAGGGACCGCUCGCGCAAGCUGCCAAGGAAGCUCAGCGACAACGGGACAUGUUUACACCCUUGCCACGAGAAUCAUAUUCCAGCACGAAUCUCCAGCGGGAGAAGAGCCUGACAAGUCUCUCAAGAGGUGGAAGGCCGUCAAAUUUGACCAUUGUGCUGAAUCCAAAUCCGUACAUGUUCCCGCCUGGCCAUCCAUACCACCGACAAGUCUCUCCGAUGGACCAAAAGUUGAGCAAGAGUAUGGAAGAGAUACACGCUCGACUCAACGCCGCGUCGGCUGCAAAUGAAAAUGGUGGACGCUCGGGCGGCAUGAAGAGCCCUCGUCACGGUGUUGGGCUCGGAUUUGGUGGUCUCCGUAUGACGAGCGCUGUUGACGUGACGAGACCCAGGAAUAACAUGACUCCUGCGCCUCCCGCCGCUAAUCGCGUGACGCCUCCUUCGCCAGCGCCGAUCCCUUCUGCCGCACCAGCCCCUCCUGCUGCUCCUCCCAAGGUUGUCCAACCAGCCCAACCAGCCCCUCCAUCGACCUCGACAAAGGCACAAUCUCACCAUCGUAAUCACUCUGUCGCUGGAUUGUCAAAGAGUCCGUCUCCACCUGCCAAAUUGCGUGUGUCAAAGAGCUCCGUCGCGGUUCCCGUCGUUCUUGGUGUAACUGCAUCAUCAGCGCCACGCGAUAAUGGUCGAAACGAUUUGCUGGAAAUGUCACUCCGGGAGAUGGGGCCACGACGUGGUGCUCGUGUUUCGCGUUAUCAUCAACAGGGCUCGCCAGCACCUGCCCGCGCAACUGUGGAGAAACCAACAGAAGCAGAGUCGAAACGGCCUGCUCACCGACUCCGUGGCCGACCAAUGGAUGUCGAGUUUAGCGAUAGCGAAGACGACGACGAGGAACCGACCAAGGCCACGACUGGUCGCAGUCUUGCCAAGGAGCACCUCGAGGCCGUGAUGGGCGGAAAGGAUACCAAAGCGUUGACCAAUGGACGCAGUCCCUCACAGGCCAUUGUUGCCUCUCCCGAUGCCGCCCCACACAGUGCACAGCAAGAAGUUGCUUCGUAUCGACCUCCUGCACCCCCUUCAUCGCCUUCGGUGCCGACCACGUUCCGCGCGCAACCUCAACAAGGACAUCUUCCUCCAAACCCGCGACUCGGACCGGCACGUCCGCGACCUCAUUCCUCCCAUGGUACUCCCGCACUUCCGCCGACGGAAAAUCAGCGAGGUCCACCAGCACCUGCCCCUACGCGUGAACGCCGCCCUGCUGCGACAAGUCAACCUCCAGUACCGAUAUUCACACCAGCGCGAGAAGGCGUUCCAGCGCCGACAGCAACCAGGAUGGGUGCUGUUGUCCCCUAUCCGUGGAAUUUGCCCUACCCUGCUCCUAUCCAAUCUCCAAGAACGACGAGGUUGAAAAUGUUGGAGUCUGAAGUCCCAGACGAGCUGCGACAAGACUUGCUUCGCGAGCGCAGAAUCAACCGGAUCACGAGUCACGUCAACGUUGCGGGUUUUGCACCAAUGCGGCAUGAUGGGAGAGUGUCUGGGUAUAAUGGAGGGGCAGCGCUCGGCUCGGGACGGAUGAGGUCGUCCAAGGUGCUCAAUACUGAGGUUGCUCCGCAAGGACCCGAGGAAGAAGAGCAAGACGACGAAGAGGAAGAUAGCGAAGACGAGCGAAUUCGAAAGGAACAAGAGGCACAAGAACGUUAUCAGAGGAUGCGGACGCGUACGUGGAACGGCGUCAUCUACCAACGGCCUGUCUGGUGA